UUUAUAAGUGUAAGUUAAAUUUACAAGAACAAAAUGCCGACCGAAUUGCCAGUUGAUAUGCUAAAUAAACCUUUGUCGGAGAUUGUUUUCAGAAGAAAAAAUAACGCUUUAUUCAAGAAACUAGCGCGAAAGACUCACUUCAAUGUGAGAGAAGUCGAAGCGUUAGCUGUCAUACAUAGAAAAAUAAUACAAACUUUGGGCCCUAUGACAAGAUUGGUGUUUAGAGAUGUUUUGCAUUCGGGUUUAGAUUUUACUGAAAAUAUUCGGCAUCUAUAUAUCGACAGAAUUUUCUCUACAUUUGACAAAAAGAACGUGUUGCAAAUUCAUCUGGAACAGUGGAUUGAAGGACUCUCCACAAUUCUUCGCGGCAAUCUGAAUGAAAAGAUACAUUUUGCUUUUAAUAUAUACGAUUUUAUGCAUACGAACAAAUUGAAGAAAGAGCAAAUAUUUCUUUCAAUGCGAGGUUGCUUGAUUAAACUGCAAACGGACGAAGAUCCAGAUGAAGCAGUAAAGGAUUUGAUUGAUUCACUGUUGAAAAAGCUCGACGUCGAUCGCGACGGUGUGAUAUCUGAAGAAGAAUUUCACAAGGCCGUAAAAGAGAGAAAUCUACUGCUGCUAGAAUGUAUGGGACCGGUGUUCCCGUCUAGAGUAGCACGGCGAACAUUUCUGAGCACAUUCACUGAUCGCCUUGGACGAUUCUGA